GAGAGAAACAGAACCGUUGAAGUUAUCGUCUGGUCUGCUCCAGGGUCAUUUUGUAAUCUUCUAUCAUGGCCGGGUCGCCGUCGCCUUCCGCCGCGGCCACCACCAACAUCAUGCUGGCUAUCUUCGAGAAGAAGACUAACCCGGUGGAUCUGUUUCGCCCUCUCCGCAACUACGUGGUCUUCCACUACUCUGAGGGAGAUGCCAGGAACGUCGAAGAGGAUCUCGAAAUCCUCAAGCAACAACGCUCCGACAUAGAGAAGCACUCCGAUCCAUCCCUCCCUUCUCGGCGCGACCUCUUCCAAAAAUACUACAAAACCCUAUGCCUUGUGGAGACUCGCUUCCCAAUCUCACCUGACCCCGAUCAUGUCAACAACGUCACCUUCGUCUGGUUCGAUGCCUUCAAGCCAAAGCAAAAGGCCUCUCAGCAGAACAUUCAUCUCGAGAAGGCUUCCGUGCUCUUCAAUUUGGGCGCCGUUUACAGCCAGAUUGGAUUGUCCUAUGACCGCAACACCGUCGAUGGCCGCCGUCAGGCCUCUCACGCUUUCAUAGCCGCUGCAGGGGCGUUUGCUUUCCUGAGGGAUAAUGCGUCCGUGAAGGCCUCGAUUGGGAGUUCCAUCACCAUUGAUCUAUCGGUGGAGUGCGCCGGCAUGUUGGAGAAGCUGAUGCUGGCUCAGGCUCAGGAGUGCGUGUUUGAGAACACCAUUGCUAAAGGGAGUACCCCCGGUGUUUGUGCCAAGAUCUCUCGGCAGGUUGGGCUGUAUUAUGAGGAAGCUUCAGCUGCACUGAAUGUUGCGCCUUUAAGCCAGCAUUUUGAUAAAUCCUGGAUAGUUCAUGUGCAGUUAAAGGCAGCUCUAUUCUAUGCAGAAGCUUGUUAUAGGUAUGGAUUAGAGCUACAUGAAAAAGAAGAUAUAGCGGAAGAGAUUGCACGACUGAGGAGUGCUGUGAAUGUCCUUACUGAUGCUAAGAAAAACUCAAAAGGUGCUGCAGCACAAAUUUUAGAUGCAAUUAACAAGUUAGAGGCCAAUAUUAACCGCAACCUGGAGAGGGCUGUCAAGGAGAAUGAUAGAGUUUACCUCAUGAGAGUUCCUUCUCCUAGUUCCUUACCACCUCUUCCGGCAUUUUCUAUGGUGAAGCCAAUGGCGAUGAAUGAUUUGCUAGAUGCAAGUAAAGAGAAGAUGUUUGUAGGUCUUGUUCCGGACAGCAGUACCAAGGCCCUCUCUAGGUACACUGACAUGGUAGACAAUAUUAUAAGAACACAGGCUGAAAAGUUACAGCAAGCCAGUGAGCUAACCCGAGUUAGGCUUAAGGAAAUGGAAUUGCCAGAUUCUAUUCUUGCUUUGGAAGGAAAUUUUACUCUACCAACAAAUCUCAAAGAAGAUGUGGAGGCUGUGCAGAUUAGUGGAGGCCCUGCUGGCUUGGAAGCAGAGUUGCAGCAACUUAAGGACCUAAGGAGGGUGAAUCAAGAAUUGCUGGUCCAGACCGAGGAGUUGUUGCAGAAGGAAGCAAGAGAAGAUUCUCAAUUUAGAAGUCAAUUUGGCACAAAAUGGUCUAGGCCUCAGUCAAGCACUUUGACAAAGAACUUGCAGGAUAGGCUAAACAGGUUUGCAGGUAACUUGAAACAAGCUGCGGAAAGUGAUGUUAGGAUUGAGCGUUCAGUAAGAGAACAUUCAGCUCUCAUGUCAAUCCUUGAUGCCCGUCCGAUUGAAUCUGCACUUCCAACCUUGGCAAGGCCAAUUAUGUCUCUUGAUCAAAAUGAAGAUGCUAUUGUGGGGUCCCUCAAACAGAGCUUGAGGCAACUAGAGACUCUAGGAGCUCAAAGGGCUGGUCUUGAGGACAUGCUCAAAGAGAUGAAAAGAAAGGAUGAUAUAUUACCCAAAUUGAUGACGUCCACCGGUUCUUAUGAGGAUCUUUUCAAGAAGGAGAUAGCAAAAUAUGACCAUAUUUGUGAAGAAAUAGCUCAAAAUAUUGAGGCACAAGAGCAAUUGUUGCUGCAGAUCCAGGCUCAAAAUGAUGAUUUCUCUGUUAUCUUCAAUCUUGAAGAAUACAAAGCUUCACGUGAAAAAUCCUACAAGCAGAUUGAAGCUGCCAUAGCAAAGUUUCGAGAAAUAAAGGACAACAUCAAUGAAGGGUUAAAAUUCUAUGUUACUCUGCAGGAUGCAAUCACAAAUGUAAAGCAGCAGAGCAAUGACUUUGUAAUGACAAGGAACAUCCAGUGCAGGGAAAUGAUUGAAGAUGUUCAGAGACAAGUGGCCGGUCUGAGUUUCCAGGAUAACAAAAACACAGGUGCUUUUAACAACAACUACCCUUCAGUGGGAAACCAAAAUCAACGAUCCAGUACAUUAACAGAUUCUCGUCCCCAAGCACCUUAUUAUCAGCCAGCUGAGCAGCCACCAGUCCCUGCCUAUGGUCAUCCCCCUCCCCCGUAUGGUCCUGCACAUCAGCCUCCACCACCAUACCACAUUCCACCAACAUCAGCUUCUCCAUACCCACCUCCUCCGGUCCAUCAGCAGCCACCUGCAAGCCAUGAGUAUGGCCAACCUGCAUAUCCUGGAUGGCGUGGUUCAUACUACAAUGCACACGCACAACAACCUGCCUCUGUUCCUCGGCCUCCUUAUACCAUUCCAUCUCCUUAUCCUCCGCCUCACCAAAGUGGCUACUAUAAGCAGCAAUAGUGUUCAUCCAAUCAUCCUGCAUAUCCAGUCAUUCUUUCUGAUGUCACUAUCCCUUAAAUAAAUGAGAUACAGCUAGAUCUAGCCCUUUAUCUUAAAGCCUUCGCAUAGCGUGAAUCUUCUGUUUUUUGGGGUUGUUUUAUUUGUAUUCUGUUGGUUUGCAUUAUCAUUGGAUUGUGAAUAGUUUAGCUUAAAAACGUUGUAUGUAUAAAUGCUCAGUCUUUGAGAGGAAAUAGAAACUUGCAUUAUAAAGUUUUUACAUUAUG